GCAAUCAUCGCCCGCCGCCGCGUUCCCCGCCGCGCGCGCGCCGCCUGCCACUCGCCGUUCGCCGCCGCAGAAUGAGUGCGCUGUGGGCCCGCCGCCGCCAGGACAUCGCCGCUGCCGGAUACCCUGUUCCUGCGAUCCGAAGUAUUUGGACAAUGGAGAUGAAUUUCCGAGACCUGGUGACCGGAACCGUAGCGGAAUGGGUCUCACUCCGAGGCCCUGAAGCAGCGUCCGCGGACUCUGGAUGGACUCCGUCGGAGGCCGAGGACCUAAAGCCUGCGCCUCAGCGUGGGAAAAGGCAGACUAAACCACUUGAACCGCUGCGGAUAGAAUUUCCUGUGACUACAACAUCACCUCCAGGAUUUCAGUCUGGAACAGUGCAACUGGGAGUGACAGAGGCUGACAGCAUGUUCCACGGAGGCCUGAAAGCGGAGGCGACGGAGACGGAAACCUCAACAUCUGCAGUCCCACAGACGACCUCACCUUACUCUGGCUUCGACUCGUUGCUCUCGACUCCCACCCCCUCCUCCCCAGCAUUCUAUUACUCAGACAUUUCACCUCUGGCUUCGCUGUUCGAGCCUACCGUAGCCCCCGGGGUCUCGCUCAGGGCAUCCCCAGCAUCGUCGGAUGAGUCUUCGUCCUUCACUAUUUUUGUCCCCGUUUCCCUCGCGUCGCCCUCGUCCCCGGAUGCCACGGCAGGAGCAAGCGGACAGGACUCUACUGCCGGGCCUGCGCGACGCGUACGCAGGAGCAACAGGAGGCGGUCUCAGCCAUACAAAUUGAACGACUCCCUGGUGUUUUGGGAAGAUGCGAAAAGAGACGUGGACAUUCAUGACGUGGACACUCAUAGCCGGGAAAGGACACAGGGCGACGCGGGACCAGCCCCUCCUGCAGAAGCCACAGCCUCCACGUCCGACCGCACCAGCAACAGGUCGCCCGAGGAAGGUCUCACCAUGAAGGAGAAAUACAUCAAGAUAAGGGCUCUGAACAACGAAGCCUCCAGGCGGUGCAGGAAGAGGAGGUUGGAAAAACUAAAGGCAAUGGAAAGUGAAGAAAAGGAUCUAGCACAGAAGAACCAGGAGAUGAAGAAGACGCUGAACCUGCUGAAGAAGAUGAGAGACAAACUAAGUGUUGCGGUGGGAAACAUUUUCAAGAAAACAACGUAAUUAGUGGGAAGAUUUGUUGUUUUGGAGUCUUUUGUGAAAUAUUUGUAUUUUAAUGUAAUAAAAAGAAACCCUUAUUUAAA